AUGUCAUCAACAUACCAAAACGCUGCCUACGAUGAAGUUGCUCAUCAACCACAACCAUCACAACCACCACAAUAUGGUCAAUAUCCAGUAAUUCUCGACGAUCAUGGUCAACCAAUCCACCAUCCAUCCGCUCAAAAUUAUCCACAAUUAUAUGUAGACGAAACCAUGCCACCAAAUCCACCUCUCAAAACUGUUCUCCGAGAAGUUUUUUCACCUUUUCCUAAACGUUUCGUCGCUUCUUCUCUUGCUGGUUUAGUUUUAACUUUGACUAAUGUUUUACUUUUCGUAUAUUUACUUUUCUGGAUUAUUAAUUCAUCAGUUAAUGCUUUCGAAUACAAGACUGGAUAUGGUGUUUUCGUCUUGUUAUUCACAGGAUUAAUGUCUGGAUUAACAUUGGUUUUAGGAAGUUCUUUCAUGAGAAUGUUGGUUGAAUGUUUCUUGUCUGUUUAUGCUUUGAGAGAAAAGAAAUCACUUUAAAUUAAUAUUCGAAUCCGAUUCAUCAUCAUCAUCACCAGUAUAUUAAUGUAUUAUUAUUAUUGAUCAAAAAAGCUAAAAUCAAUAAAUGUAAAAUUAUUGU